AUGUCCAAACACUCGUGGCACGAGCAGGGUGGCGCGUGGAGAACCAAGGGGAGAGUGAAAUCUUGGGGUCAGGUGAGUCUGAACGGGGAGGGAUUGAAGUACGAUGGGUUGAGAUCUCUGAACGAUGUGCACGUGCGAAGCACGCAUGCGAGCAAAACGAGAAGCUAUCUGUCUGCGAAGAGUAGCAAGAUUGGGCGUGAGAGGGUUUUGGGGAAGAUUGAGUGUGGGAUGAAGUUGAUCUUCGUGGGGACUGAGGUGGCACCGUGGAGUAAAACUGGGGGACUUGGUGAUGUUCUUGGAGGACUUCCACCAGCUUUGGCUGGACAUGGACAUCGUGUUAUGACAGUGUCACCGCGUUACGACCAAUACAAAGAUGCAUGGGACACUGCUGUGACGGUGGAGGUCAAAGUUGGAGAUAAAAUAGAAACCGUUCGUUUCUUUCACUGCUACAAGCGAGGAGUUGAUCGUGUUUUUGUCGACCACCCAUGUUUCCUUGAGAAGGUGUGGGGCAAAACUGGUUCAAAACUCUAUGGCCCUAGAGCUGGAGUGGAUUAUGAAGAUAACCAACUUAGAUUCAGCUUGUUAUGCCAGGCUGCACUCGAGGCACCGAGGGUUUUGAACUUAAACAGCAGCAAAUAUUUCUCGGGACCAUAUGGUGAAGAUGUAAUCUUUAUUGCCAAUGAUUGGCACACUGCUCUUCUUCCAUGCUACUUGAAAACAAUGUACCAGACCAGGGGGAUAUAUAGACACGCAAAGGUUGCAUUUUGUAUUCAUAACAUAGCCUACCAGGGUAGGCAUGCGUUCGAAGACUUCUCUCUUCUCAAUUUACCUAAUGAAUACAGGAGCACUUUUGAAUUUACUGAUGGGCAUCUUAAACCUGUGAAAGGAAGGAAAAUUAACUGGAUGAAGGCUGCAAUAUUAGAAUCGGACCUAGUGCUCACUGUAAGUCCAUAUUAUGCCCAGGAACUCGUUUCUGGACAGGAUAAAGGUGUAGAAAUGGACAAUAUAAUUCGUAAAACUGGCAUCACCGGUAUAGUGAAUGGCAUGGAUAUUCGGGAGUGGAGUCCACAAACUGAUAAAUUCAUAGAUCUACAUUUCGAUACAAAAACUGUCAUGGAAGCAAAAUUACUGCUGAAAGAGGCCCUUCAAGCAGAGGUUGGCUUGCCCGUUGACAGGGAUAUCCCUCUGGUAGGCUUCAUUGGUAGGCUUGAAGAGCAGAAAGGUUCAGAUAUUCUUGUGGAAGCUAUCCCAAAAUUCAUUGACCAGAAUGUUCAGAUCAUAAUUCUUGGAACUGGCAAAAAGACCUUGGAGAAGGAAAUUGCGAAACUCGAGGAAAUUUAUCCUGACAAGGCCAGGGGGAUAGCAAAAUUCAACGGUCCUUUGGCUCACAAGAUCAUUGCUGGAGCUGACUUCAUAGUGAUCCCAAGUAGAUUUGAACCCUGUGGUCUAGUUCAGUUGCAUUCCAUGCCAUAUGGAACGGUGCCCAUAGUUGCCUCCACUGGUGGACUUGUUGACACGGUUCAAGAAGGGUAUACUGGAUUCCACAUGGGAGCAUUCGACGUAGACUGUGAAGCUAUUGAUCCAGCUGAUGUGGAAAAGUUAGCAUCUACCGUGAAGAGAGCCCUUGAAGCUUAUGGUACCCCAGCCAUGAAAAGAAUGAUCCAGAACUGUAUGGUCCAAGACUUUUCAUGGAAGGGACCAGCGAAACAAUGGGAAAAAGUGCUGUUGAACCUAGACGUUGCUGGCAGUGAUGCUGGAAUUGAUGGCGAUGAGAUUGCUCCCCUUGCAAAGGAAAACGUGGCCACUCCUUGA